GAGAGUGGACUAGCGUCAGAUUUUCAGACAGCAAUAUGUGGAAACUGCUGGUCAUCGCUGUUGUUUGUGUGCAGCUGUGCUGUGCACAGUACCCGAGGUACCUUCGCUUCCCGGUUGGUAGAGAUGACGACACCAAAUGUCAUGACAGCAACAUUGACAAGGAGUUCAACAUAGGCGACGUAUGGAGCUCCCCCUUCUCUGGCUGUAAACAGAGUCACUGCGUCAAGGAGGAGGGCGUUCUCUACAUUGACAGAUUCCAGUGUCCGCAGGUUAAAAAGCAGGUGGACUUUAAGAAGCUGCAGGCCGACAACCUGUUCUGCCGCGAGGCUCGGGGAGACAGGAGGAAGGAGUUCCCCGAAUGCUGUGCCCGCCUUGUCUGUAAACACUACGUGGACGGCAAGCUUGUGCCGCUGCCGGCGCACAAAUAUCCUCUGCUCUGAUGAGUGUUCGGAUGAGACUAGGAUUGCAGUUGUGGUUGCCAAAGAAGCUAUAAAGAAGCAAAGAACCUUCAGUUGUAUGCUUUAUUAAAAUGUGAUAUCAAGUGUUAAUUUAUCAAAAGAUGUACGGUCGCGCGUAUUAAUAGCGCUGCAUGUAGCGACCGAGUUGCCCAACGCUUUA